AUGGCUCUCCCCCAGCUCUACAAACACAUCACCCUGACCUCCUAUGACAAAAUCCGAUAUCGCGACGAUGAACCCGAGGGUAUGGGUAGCGCCAGCCCUUUUUCCAUGGGUCUCAAUGCCGUCAUCACCCGUCCCUAUGCUACGCUCGUUCGGUCGCUUACGCUUCGAGGCAACUGGCGGGAGCUCGAGCUCGAGGAACAUGCGCGCGUGGGUCGCGUGCCGGACUCGUCGAUGAUGCUGAACAUUGCGGUGCGUGCGGCGGUCGAUCGGAUGACGGAAUUGGAAAGCUUCAGCUGGGAACUCAAUACCAAAAUGCUGGAAACUGUCUAUCUUGGGCUGGCGCAGCUGCCUAAGCUGACGGCCUUGACUAUUCGCUUUCCUUCAAGUCGACAUCCCCGCCCAACCAUCGUGAUUCCACCCAUGCCACAUCUUCGGUAUCUAAAGGUUACCGACAUUGAUCCGCUUUGCUAUCCGGAUGACAUCUCCACUCUGGUGUUCAAGUGUCGCAAGCUGCGGGAGCUCAACAUGCAUUGGUCUCCCCGCAUGCGCAAUGCGCAGGAGCCUAGUGUCAUGGUUCACGAUUACUUCCGCAAGUGCAUCGCCGCGAAGCAACCCCUUUCAAUCAAGAAAAUUGGCCUGCAGAACCUGUACGCCUUGCAUACGGAGGAUUUCGGUCUCGCGGUGAAUGGUAGCACUGUAGAAGACGUCACCAUCCUCCAGCACGGCGGUGCGGAUCUCUCAAUGAACACUUUUGUGGAUAGCACUUGGCCCACAAUGCCGGCUCAUCCCAUUCGUAUUAAAUCGAUUAGACAGGAUGCCGUGAGCAAGAGACAUGCGCAAUUCCUAAACCAAUUUACCGGUCUGGAACGGUUAUACUUCGUCAACGCCACUCAUAAUCCUAACGAUGAUAUCAACUCCCCUCGACCUCUGACCUCUGCUGCCGCGCUCUCCCCCCCUUCGUCUGACACCUCUCAACCCGCUACUAAUGGUACAUCCACCAAUUGCUCUGCCGCUGCAACUAACUCCCCCGGUUUGCAAACAAGCGUCCGGGACGUAUACCUGAACAACAUCACUCUGAAUCAUGCAGCCACCUUACGACAUCUUCUACUCCCCGCUCGCUGGCCCCUAUCGGCACCCACGGUCGCGCGCCUUGUCCACGCCAGUCCGCAAUUGGAGCAGCUUGGCUUUGCUACAGAAUUCUCCGACCUGGAAGCAUUGGGGCUUCUUCUUCCAUUCCUCCGAAAUCUAAAGGCGCUGCGUCUCCUCAUUCCCACCUGUACCUCACCGUCCGAGACGGCUCGUACUGGGCCGCUCCCUAAGACAUUUAAAUACUUCUCUCCAUCUGCCAAUGCGCUCACCGCCGCCCGUACGCUCUCUGACAUUGUGGAAGCCGACGAUGACACCUUGAUCGCGAGGCUCAGCGAAUCUCUUGCAGACCAGCAGAUCUUUCACCGGCUGAAGGUCAUUGGGCUGGGCCGCAAGGGCUUCCAACUAGGAGACUACUACACUGUGCCAGCCGAGCAGGCCGAAAACCAAGGACACGUCCAGCUCCAAACACCCACAGGCUCUCGUGCCACCAGCGCAGAAGCCAACAUAGGCUACGACAAGAGCCCACCAGCCGAGAGACCCUCCCCAACAGCCAACGGCCAUAAUGCAAUGGUGCCAUCGCAGCGAAACGGACAUGUCCCACCUUCAGUACUGGGCAAACGGCCACGAGAAGAAGACACUCCUACGACAGAACCAGGAGAAGCCAAUCAUCCGGCAGACGAGCAAGCACCCGACCCAGGCAUGAACCCGUGCCUUCCGCAAGUCCUUCUCCGCGACGGUCGCUACUGGCGACGGCGUGUCCGACGCGUUGGCUGGGAGGUGCUGCAACAUUGGGAGAUAUGGGGACUGGACAAACAGGAGUUAUGA